GAUACAAAUCUGUCUGAAGAUGAAAAUUUUGGUGAAGAUGACCUUGAAGAUAUUCCAGAAGAAGAUGACAGCGAGAUAGAUGAUGAGUUAAGAUGUGUGAGGAAUGCUGCUAGGGAAGUAAAGGGAAACGUGCAGAAAAAGUAUGUGAAUGAUGCUGGAUCACAAAGUAAGAGGAAACAGAGGAAAAAACUUAUUUUUAUAGAAGAGGUAAUUCUUGGUAAGGCUGGAAUUGAUAAGGGGUUUGAAGAUAUAGGGAUAAAAAAGAAGGAUAAAUAUAUUGGAAAGCUAGGUGGGGAUGAAGAGUAUUUGGACGGCUCAGAUGUUGGGAGUGUAGACCCACUUGCUGAACCUGGUGUUGAUCUUCCUCCUAGAAGAAGAAGUCAAAAGAUCAAGUAUGACUUGGAUGCUAAAAUUCCUCUGUUUGAGUUGGGCAUGAUCUUUGAUAAUGCAGAAGAUUUUAGGAAAGUUAUUGCUAACUAUGCUAUUCAAUAUAAAAUGUCUUUAAAGCUUAGACCUAAUGAGAAAGAUAGAGUAAGAGUUAAGUGUAAGCAUGAAAAGUGAAAGUGACAAAUAUUUUCUAGUAAGGAUAAGGAUUCAAUGAACUUCACUGUGAAAACUUAUAUACCUGUCCAUAAGUGCCCAACAAAGAACAAGAACAAACUUUGCACAACCAAGUACAUUGCAAGAAAGCUCCAAGAUAGAAUCAUUCCAACUCCAAACAUUACAGUGCAUGAGUUGUAAAAGGUUAUAAGGGUUAAAUGGGGUUUGAAUGUAGGAAGAUCACUUGUAUAUAGAGCCAAGAUGAAGGUAAUUAGUCAGUUUAUGGGUGACUAGUACCUUAAAUUUUCAAGGUUGUUGGACUAUGCUGACAUGAUUAAGUCCACCAAUCCUGGAAGUUCAUGUUGGGUGAGAACUGAUACAUAAACAGUUCCUGGGAAACAUCUGUUUAAAUAUUUUUAUGUAUGCUUUGAGGCUAUGAAGAAGGGAUGGAUGGCAGGUUGUAGAAGAAUCAUAGAUUUUGAUGGUUGUUUCCUAAAGGGAGCUUGCAUAGGUGAAUUAUUAGUGGAUGUUGGGAAAAAUAAAAAUAAUCAGAUGUAUUCCAUUGCUUGGGCUUUGGUAGAUCAAGAGACUACACAUUCAUGGAGUUGGUUCAUCAACUAUCUCAAAAUAGACUUAGAGUUGAGGAAUGGUGAAGAUUUAACAGUCAUGACUGACAUGCAAAAGGGAAUGUCAUUUGUUGUUGUUGAUUUGCUACCUCUUGCUGAAAGAAGAAUGUGUGCAAGACACAUUUAGGCAAACUGGCAAAAAUCUUGGAAGGGAGAGGAGAGAAGGAAGCAGUUUUGGAGAUGUGCUAAGGCUCCUUUUCAGGUAAAGUUAAGAGAAAAAAUAAAAAAAUUGGAUGAAUUAGGAACUGGUAUUUGUGAAAGUUUACUGUCCUAUGAUAAAGAAUACUGGUGUAGGGCAUAUUUCAAUAAGAAGGUUAGAUGUGAUAUUGUAGAAAAUAACAUGUGUGAAAUAUUUAAUUCUUGGAUAUUAAGUCCUAGGCAUAAAUCUGUCAUCACUAUGUUUGAAGAAAUUAGGCACAAGAUGAUGAGUAGGCAAGUUGAUAUGAUCAAGUUUGUUGAAACAUGGGAUUCUGAUAUAUCACCUAUGACAAGACUAGUUUUAGAGAAAAACAAGAAAAUAGGAAGGAAGUUGAAAGUACAGUGGAAUGCUGACACUGGAUUUGCAGUGAAUGAAGGCAUGUAUAGACACACUGUUGAUAUACAAAAAAGCGAAUGCAGCUGCAGAUUAUGGCAGUUAAGAGGUAUACUAUGUCAACAUGCAAUAUGUGCCUUUUAUAAGCUUGGGAAGGUAGCAGAAGACUAUGUUGAGCACUGGUAUAAGAAAGACACUUUCCUGGCUACUUACCAAUACUAUAUUCAGCCAAUUCCAAGCAUGCAAAUGUGGACUGAGUCUGCCAAUCCAUCAAUUGAGCCUCCUGGAGUUAAACCAAUGCCUGGUAAGCCAAAAAAAUACAGAAGAAAGGACAAGGAUGAACCAAAGAAGUGGGAAAAACUGUCAAAGAAGGGUGCUAAGAUGUCAUGUUCAAUUUGCCAUCAAGUUGGUCAUAACAAGUUAGUAUGCAGUUUAAGGGGACAAACAAGCACACAAUCGAGAAGGUCAAAUGGAACAACACAAUCAAGCACACAAGUUGGUAGUCAAAGUAAUACAACCCAAGCUGCAGGUACAUCAACUACCACAACCCAAACUUCAAGGGCCCCAUCUUCCAUGUGUGCUGAAACAUCAAAGAUAAGAAGGAACACACCAUCAGUAAGAGAUAGAGGAACUGUAGGAAGUGGUGGUAGGGGAAGAUGUGGAGGAUAUGGUAGGGGAAGAGGUGGAAGAUCAGUUGGUGCUUCUGUUACAUCUGGUGCAUCUAUUUCUGCUACUGCCAAAACACUUGCUGCUUCUGUUGGAAAGAAAAGAACCAGAAAUUCUGGUUUUGGUUUGUACACAGACACACAAACAGGAACUAGUAUCCUUAAUCCUGGUAGGCCAAGUUGAAAGACUUAUUUCAACCGGUGCAAACUUGAUGAAGGCUGCACAAACUAAUGUAGAUCUUGAAUUUAGAUCAAAUGGUCUCAAGUAGAAAGGGAAUCAACUUCAAAAGCAAAGGGAUGUUGUAGUUUCCAACAAAAAGAUGAAAGUCGAAACCUCUACU